CGAAAUGCCGCGAUCACGCUCGAGAUCAAGUAGUCCGGAGCCGCGCCAUCGUCGGCAGCGAAGUCGAUCAAGAGACCGACCGCGUGGUUCUCGCUGCGAAGAUGACGAACAUCGUCAUAAGCAGCGCGACGACGUAGCAUCGACCAAGGAGGAGGAAGCUCUUCCACCUGCCGUCCUUGAUGCCGACGCCUUCCAGGCCCAACGAGCGUCGCUACCAGUGGGCCAAUUCAAGCAACACAUUCUGGACACCAUCGCCAGCAAUCAGAUUGUGGUGUGCAUUGGGGAAACCGGGUCGGGGAAAACGACACAGAUUCCGCAGUUCCUUCUCGAGGCUGGGUAUGCCACGUCCAAGCGCAUUGCGAUCACUCAACCUCGACGCGUGGCGACUGUCGCCGUUGCAAAGCGCGUGGGGGAAGAAUUGGAAGCGUCUGGCCUUUCUGUCCAUGCAGUCGGAUACACCAUUCGAUUCGAUGACCACACGAGCGCAAGCACAAAGAUCAAGUUCAUGACGGACGGCAUUCUCGUCCGGGAAUGUCUACAGGACCCGUUGCUGUCGUCGUACUCGAUCAUCAUGCUCGACGAAGCCCACGAGCGAAGCAUCCACACGGACAUCCUCUUUGGACUGCUGCAGUCCAUCUUGGCAAAGCGCAGCGACCUCAAGCUCCUCGUGACGUCGGCCACGCUGGACGCGGACAAGUUCUCGGCGUUUUUCCACAACUGCCCCGUGGUUCAGAUCCCCGGCCGGUCGUUUCCCGUCGACAUUUACCACUCCAAGCAGCAUCAGAUCAUGGGCAAGUCCGGGCCGCUGUCCACGUACAUUCAGUCGGCGGUGGACACGACCCUGCAGAUUCACAUGCACGAGCCCGACGGCCACAUUUUGGUGUUUCUGACAGGUCAAAAGGAAAUUGAAGACGCGUGUGCGCUGAUUCGCAAACGAUUGGAGCAACUAGCUGACGAACAACGCAAUUCGCUGCCGCAUAUGCUGGUACUGCCCCUCUACGGCGCUCUCUCCAGCGACAAGCAGCGGCGUAUUUUCAGUUCGUGUGGAGCCAGUCGCAAGGUGAUUGUGUGCACUAACAUUGCCGAGACGUCGCUGACCGUAGACGGCGUCAAGUACGUCGUCGACGCCGGCUUUACCAAGCAAAAGGUGUACAAUCCGAUGACGGGGAUGGAGUCGUUAGUUGUUUUGCCCAUCUCUCAGGUGUCGGCCCAACAACGAGCUGGUCGGGCAGGGCGCACGAGUGCUGGCAAGUGCUACCGCCUCUACUCCAAGAAAUCGUACGCGACUAUGUUCACAGAGACAAUCCCGGAGAUCCAACGUUCGAACCUGGCCAACACGAUUUUGUACCUCAAAGUACUCGGCAUCGACGACGUCGUCGGCUUUGGGUACUUGGACCCUCCCGACGAACAUGCCAUCUUGGAUGCGCUCCACCAGCUGUAUACGUUGGGUGCGCUGGACGAACGAGGCAACGUCACUGGUACGGGAACGGACAUGGCACAAUUCCCACUGGAACCCCGCUUGGCCCGGGUGUUGUUGGAAGCGAUGCGGUUGGAUUGUGCGGACGACAUCACUCGAGUGGUUGCGAUGUUGACUGUGGAGAAUGUGAUCGUGCCGUUCCAAGGCAAACAACGAGAUGGACCGACGCUGGAGCGCUUCCGACACGCCAAAGGCGACCACUUGACCUUGCUCCACCUGUUUCAAGAGUGGGAGGUGCAGUCGAAUCGGCCGCGGUGGUGUGACGACCAUGGGCUGCACAUGCGCGCAUUCCAAACGGCGUCCAACGUCCAGAAACAGCUCCAGGAGCUGGUCGACAAGGCCAUUCAGAUGUCGUCAUCCACCAAGAAGCAACCAGUCGACCCAGCCGUGGCCGUAGAAGCCAAGACCAUGGCACGCCUCGAUCGCGUUCGCUUAGCUGUGUGUGCGGGGUACUUUGAACAUGGCGCGCAAAAGUGCAUGAUGCAACCCGUGUAUCGAGUGCUCAUGCCGCCAACCCACGACGGCCACCAAGGGGCGCAGCUUGUGCACUUGCAUCCGUCGUCGGUCUUUCUCGACACGUCCCCGCCGCACACGUGUGUCUACCACGAAUUGGUCCACACUAGUCGAGCGUUCAUGCGGCAUGUGUUGGACGUGCAACUGUCGUGGCUCCAACUGUACCAGCCGGCCAAGCCACUGACGUUGAUUGAAUGCUAUGCAUUGACCAACCGACCUGUGCCUGCGCCCCCCACGCCCGCAGCCGCCCUCGAUGCCAGCCACCACGCCGAUGGACGAAGCAAACCGAACAAGACGAUGACAGAAAAGACCAGCCUCGAUGCAGUCGCCGCGGCCAAGGCGCGUUACCUGCAGCGCAAGAAGCUGCAGAAAGCAUAAAAUUCGCAUAACUACAGUAGGGUGGGGGGUCAUUCUAGGAAAUUUCAACAACUUUGUCGUAUGCCGC